AUAUAUAUAUAUACUUGAUUACGUGAUUAAUUAAUCCACGGGAACGCCGGGCCGAAGAGAAGAGACUUCAGCUCGGCGCGGCGCAAGCGAGCGGCUGGACAAGAUUUCACGACGAGAUCCCGUGUCCGCGGAAAAAGGCUUUUUGAUCUGGGCAAAGCCGCUAGAGGAUUUAGCGGAAGACGGAUAAAAGUCUACACGGGGGUCGCCAGGGAGCGAGAAAAAGAAAGAGAGAGAGAGAGAGAGAGAAAACGAGAGAGAUAGACACGGCUAGCGGAGUGCCGCAGAUAGAGAGAAAGAAGACGGAAAAUGGUGGAAAUGGUCCCGCACAUGUUACGGUUGUAAAAAAGACACGGCAGGGCGAGGGAGGGCGUGGGGAAAAAGAGUAGGGACAUCGUUACUCUCGCGAUCGCCGUCGCUGGGAGCGAUGAUUGUGUCUUCAUGUUAUACCCGAAGGAGCGGAGUAAUACGUUUCGAGGAGGAGGAACGCGCGCGUGAAGUAUAGGAUACAUAAAUCAGGAUUCGCACGCGUAGAAAUGAAGAUUCUGUCUCCGGCUGAAGGAAUAACGGCGGCGCGGGAACCGAAAAUUUUACGUGACAUAAAGCUCGCGGCCGAUGACGCGGAAAGAGAGGGAGGGGAGGAGAGAGAGAGAGAGAGAGAGAGAGAGAGAAAGCGCGUCUGAUAAACAACUCGGCUGCUCGGUGUCAUCGCCUUUCCUUCUCUCCGUCCUUUUCCUCCUCCCCCCGGCCUCUCCUACGGCCGCAUAAAAUCUCCAUAUUUAUCGCGCACGGCAAUGCAAACACGCGUGAUUUAAGCCCGCGUCGAGCACCAAUUAAAGCGGAGAUGCGUGAGCGCACUUAAUUAAUUAAUCUCUCCGUUUCGCGAAUCAAUUGUACGCGCAUUGGCGCAUUCGACCAUGACUGUAAAGCUCGGAACGGAUUGAUCAAUCGCGAGUAAAAAACACACACAGAGACAUACCGCACUCUUCGCGAUACAUUCAUUUUUCCGUACCGUCAUUAACACAUCCAGACAUCACCCGUCGGAUUUCCGCGGCUGAUUUCCGCCGCCGGCAGCUCGACUUCCUCGAAAGCCCGCGCGCGCGCGCGCGCGCUCCACGAUCCUUCGCUCGAAACGCGAGAUGGAAGAUCGCCCCGAUGAUGAAAUUCGAAUGUUGUGCGUACGACGUGUGAUGUCACGUAUCCUCAUAAUUUCCUUCGAGCGACCCUCCCCGGUCGAUCUCGCGUCGCGAUGCUGCAAAAUUGCCGGCGGUUAGACGUGCGACGAGACAAAACGAUAUCGCCGCGAAGUAUCGACAGUUUCGUCCGAUUCCGUAGAUAUUCGCCGAUUGUGACGUAUUGUCGCGCGCGCGUCCUCGGACCGGAGGUGGAAAACGGGAAAAAGGGCGGAGAGGAAGCGCGAAGGAGUCGCCGAGGCAAAGGGACGACGAGUCGAGAGCGAGAGAGAGAGAGAGCGAGAGCAGCGUGGCGGACAGAAGCCGGACGGAGUAGCGUAGCGAGAUAUGCCCGGGAAGAUGAUAUCGAGGCGGAGGACUGAUUGAGAAAGGAGAGAAAAUGGUGACUAUCGAGGCCGCCAGUGAAAUGAGUGCGGUACGCCGGGCCGUGUGGUUUAGUGCCGUGCUAUUCGCUGCGACACCCUUGGCCUACACUCAAGUGACGUGGACGCCGAUCUACGUGGGUGGAUACAGCCAGGUCGACCUUUGGACGCAGAGCACCACCGGCUGCGCCUGCAGCUUCAACUCGUCCAGCAACGAUUGCGCUUGCUGUGUGCCGUCGGGCGGCUGCAGCUGCGGCGCGGCCUCGCCCGAUAGAUGCGCUCAGUGCGGCCUGGAGCAGCACUGCGCGAAUAUGUGCAACAUAACGCUGGACAGCAGGCAGCUGUUCAGCAAAUCGGAUCGCGGCUUCGGGCAAAUAAAGUCGCCGUAUCUCCAAGGGCCCUCGAGGUGUACAUACAGAUUCGUGCCGGAUACCGGGCAGCGGGUGGAGCUGCAGAUAUAUCGACUGGUGUCUAUCGGCCGGCACAACGGCACCGCGUGCGAGGGCGGCUGGCUGCAGCUCGAAGGCAGCGCUCGCGUUUGCGGUCGUAACCAACGCUUCGACCGGCCGGUCGUGCUCUUCUCGGACAAGCCGCUUGCGACGCUACAUAUGCAAAUAAACGAGAACACAACGCGGUCCCAGUUCCUGGCCUACUUCAGCUUCUCGUCCAAAGCGAGCACGUCCGUCGGCUGGCCGGUGAGAGGCGGACAUCCGGUUAACAACACGGAAUGCGACUCCGUGUACGAGGACACAGACUGCCACGACGGAUGCGUCCUAGCUAGUCCCGGAUAUCCCGGGCUAUAUCCGCCGAACAUCCGUUGCCGGUACCUGAUCACCUCUGGCCCGCGGAUCUCCAUCGCCAUCAACUUCACGGCGGUGCUUCUUCCUUACAACCACUGCACCAGCGACUACAUCGCCGUGUAUUCGGGCCCAACGACGUCGAGCCCGUUGCUGAAGAUGCUCUGCGGCAAGGAGAAGACGUCGCUAAUAUAUGACGGCCAAGAACUCCUCGUCGAAUUCAGAACCGGCCCGGAGGUACCGCCUUUUGAUUACAAUGGCUUCGUCGCGACGCUGAGUUUUAUAGAAAUAACGACGGAAGCACCGACGACGGUCACCGUCGACAGCACGAAUAAAAGUCUCGAAAUGAUGAAGUCCGCCGGCAGCUACAACGUGCGGUACAACAAUCGCGACCUCCAUGAGCACCGCAAGGACCAAGGCGCCGUGACCAACAGCUGUGACCUCGAGGUGAGCGGCGAGAAGGUCCGAGCGGGCCACCACGACACCCGGGGCAAGCCCAAGUCCACGACGUGCAGGCUCGUGCUGCGUGGUCGCGCUUACGAUACCGGACACGUUUCCCUGGCCAGUUACAACCUCAGCGCGCAGUCCUGCCAAUCGGCGAUCGAGAUAUUCGACGGCUCGCCGGAAAGCGGGGUGCUCGAUACCGCCACCACCUUGGGGAGGAUCUGCAGCCCUGCGCAGUGGCUCCCGCGGGAAUUCGCGGGUCAGGAUAAGUACACCGAGCCGAAGCGCUACUCGUCCAACGGCCGGGACAUGACGGUGGUUUUAAGACGCGCCUCCAACAGCCCCACCGACGAGGAGUAUAUGGAGGUCUCGUACUACUUCCACGACGAACGCGAGGGUGGCACUCAGCAACCGGCCAGCGUGUGCGACGUCGAAUAUUAUGGACUGACGUCACCGGUGGAGGGUUCGGUGGUGCAUCCGGAACCGCACCGAUUAUUCGCCAUGGAAGGUCCGGUGAAGUGCAGGCAGCACUUUAUACCGGCGCCCAACCAGUCGGUGGUCAUUACUGUAAAAGGUAGCACGAAACAGACCCCGAAUAAUCCAUGCGAGACCAAGUGCGGCGACAGUGGCUGCCACUGCGUCAGCAAGUCCCUCGAGAAUAUGGACCACCUUCUGCUCGUCUCCGAGACCGGUCACAUUGUUACCUGUCUCUGCGGAAAUUACCAGGACUGGCUUCCGGUGGGCAUCCGUAGCUGGACUCCGGUCUACAUCGAGUGGUCGAGAUCGUCGAGAGCGGGCCUCAAUUUCCACGCGGCCUACAAGUUUGUCAAUGACACUUACUGCGGCGAUCACACAACGGCGGAACCGGAAGGCGAGGUCAAUGGCGGUGAUCUGGCGAGCGCGGGGUUGAAGCUGAAUCAGUAUUACCAGCAGAAAUGCACCUGGAUCCUGGACUCGCCGAUCGAUCGGCAGCUCGUCAUCGAAGUCAAGUCCACUCAGAGCCGACCCUGCACGGCGUGGAACCUCACGAUUCACGAGUACCGGAAGGACGGGGACCCGGCCGGCCCCAGACUGCACACGUUCUGCUCGAGGGACACGCACAAGAAUUUCACCCUGCCGUGGAAGAUGAAUACCGCGGUGGUUAGGCUACAAGCUCUCGGUAGGACCGCACCGCAGUACACCAUGAGAUGGAGGAGUCACAUGGCGACGGCCAACACUCGCAAAAGCGGACCAUCCCCUGCGCCGAACCACGUGUUGGGCGGCUCGAGUAGAGGCGAACCGCGAGGGAGAGUCAUCCUCGUGACGUUCGCGAUUCUGCUCGCAUGCUCGUACGGUUGUUGAGAACAUGAGCUCGCGAUGAAACCGCAUCUACAUACAAAGAUACUCGCUCACACAAUUAUACACGCGUACACACGUACGUUCCUGUUAAUCGAACGAGCCUAAGUUAGUAAUCCCGUGUACAUAAGCGGUGAGGACUCGGAGGAGUCGGUCCUCAUUUUACAUCGCUCGAUGUAAAAUGCUCCACGAAACAGCACUGCUAUCGAUCGAGAGAGCCGAGGUGUUCAGCCGGCUGGGUUCGUUAACCACAUGCUGUGUAAUCUGCAAGAGAGAAAUAUUUUACGCGUGCGAAGCGCCCGCGAGAGAGACUCACCCACGCACGCACAUGUACACGUACAUACACGUACAAGGAACGAUAUCGAGGACAAAUUUUAACUGAUUCACGCACUAUAUUUUUCACUCUACGUACGACUGGAUUUUCUUCGCGGUUACUUGGACGGAGGGCUUGAACGAGACGGAGCGGAUUGCCGCUUCUGGAUCGCGCACCAGACAACGCGGACUUCUAAGAGACGUCUCCCCGGAAGAAACAUCAAGCGAUCUUGUUACACCAAAAUGUUUUAAUUUCCCACUUGGCGAUACAAUUGUCACACGAGUUGCACAUCGCACUUGUAUCGUCGAGUGAGAAAUUAUGACAUUGACGUUAUAUGACGUGUGCUGUUAUUGGCGUUUACUGAGCUUAGACGGUCUUUUAAAAGUCCCUGCUGUCUGGGUAUAUACAUACUGACAUCACGUGUUCAUCACAUACACAUUCGUGCACGUCGGGAUUCAGGGAGGACGAUCGCGCGUCUGAGUAAGCGCGAUUACCUCGUAAAGUCUGCUACGGCUCAGAAGUAACGGAAACGAAAGUUUCGUACGAGGAGAGUUGCAUGUCCGUCGUCUAAUUUGAGAUUUACGAUUUUUAUCACGUUUCGCACGAAUGUUUACGCACGUUGACAGUCAUCCGUUUCAACACACCUCAUCCUUCUACUCAUUACUGUUUCACCGUGGUGUCUCAUUCAGUCCAACGUAGAAUUCAGUCGUCACACAUAUUUUCCAAAACGUUUUUAUAAAUCUAUAUAUAU